AUCACUCGUUCCGUUAUCACCUCGCGGCUCGCUGGAAGACGCAACAUCUCGCACUUAUUGCUUUUUGCUGUUUUAGUGUUUUCUGCGAUACUUCUCUACUUUUUUACUGAUUUUAGUUUUCACCAACAAUUUGAGCAACGUAGAAAGCCGGAUCUUCAUCACCUUUACUGUAGCAAUUUAUUAUGAAUUGAAGCAUGGCUUUUCAAGAGUGUAAACUUACUACGCUACUGUUGAACGAAUACUUUGGACCAGUCAUUGCGUUGGUUGCAGAUGAAUUAAAAUGGGGUCGAAAACCUCUGAAGCUAUUAUCGCUGUCUGUGAAGUUACCGCUGUCCACGGUGAAGCAAGCCUUGGGCAUUAUGAUCCAUUUCAAUUUUGUUGAUUAUAAAUUAUCCGAAACAAAUGUUUGCGAGUACUAUUUACUGCCAGAAAACGUUUUAUUGAUUCUCAGAUAUCCGAAAUUCAUUUUAUUAACCAGAAAAAGAUUUGGAAAAGAAGGAGAAGCGUUGAUAGAAGAAUUAUUACGUUCUGGUAAAAUGACUUCAACGAAUCUCAUAUUGAAAGUUACUUGUACGCUAGCCCAAGGAAAUACUAAAAUGUCAUUCAGCCUUCGCAGUAUUAGAACUAGUACUUGUGAACUGAUCGAGAACGGUUUCAUCGUACCUGUUGAGAAAGUUACGAGAGAUGUUGUUCCUAUUAAAAUUAAAUUAUCUGAACACGAAAGAGUCCUUCCAGUUGAGCUAGAUAAAUUAACAGCCUUAUACCAUGGUACAGAUACAGAAAUGCCUUUAAAUGAAUUUUAUUGGAGAGUGAAUUUUGAUAGAUUUCUCAUCGAAUUUAGGGAUGAACUCAUCGUUAAUGCUAUGAGUCGAAGAUUUGACGUGCAUGCUGGAGUUGUCAUUCGUCAUGUUUUAAAAUUAGCUUAUCAAAAGUCCAGUACUUGGUGGGAUAAUUCUGAUGCAAUAUCGAUGAUGCAAAUUAAAGAAUCAAUUGGCAAUAAUACUAAUGAAGCUUACGCUUUGAAAUAUAUGGAUCAGUAUAUCACAGUUAUGAAGGAAGACUGUAGCGGAAUUGUUGGACAACCGAUAGAUUAUACCGGCGGAGUUGUCAUUUGUAUUAAAGAAGCCAUUGCAAAUCUGACGAGUCUAUACAUCAGUCAAAUUAUUGAUCAAAAAUUCGGUUUCAAAGCUGCUCGUGUAUUUAGAUUAAUUCAAGAUAAAAAACAUUGCGAAUUAGAACAAAUUCAACAGAUGGCCAUGUUACCUGAUAAAGAAGCAAAAAGCAUAGUUUACAAGUUAUUAGAAGAAAAUUUUAUUCAAAUAGAAGAAUUGAAAAAACCGUCCACCACAUCAUCUAGUGGACAAAAUAAACCAUUUUUUCUAUUUUGUGUUGAUCUCAAUGUGAUAGUGAAAAUGGUACUGAGCAUGUGUUAUAAAACCAUUCAGAACGUUAUUCUAAGAAGAAAAGAAGAAGAAAAUAAACAAGUACAUAUAAUCGAAAAAAAGAAACAAUCAGAUUUAUACGUCGAAGCGUUAAAAGAACAAAACGCCAGUGAAGAACAGAUCGAAGAAAUGGUAAAUCAAAUUUUAACGCCUCCGGAAAAAGUGAUCUUGGACAAUUUACAAAAAGUCACGAAAAAAUUAAAGUUAGCCGAACUGCAAACUGACGAAACUAUUUUCAUUUUUCAAAUGUAUGUACGUUUUAAUAAGGGCCACGCUCCUGAAUCAAAACUCAAGAAAAGAAGCUGAAAUUUGAAAUAUUUUUAAAUAAGCGAUUUAAAACGGGCCUAUUCGUGUCAUACUCGUGCUUUUUCUAUCUUCGUAAUAAACUGAGUUCCAUUGUUAUUUGUACUUUCAAGUAUGUCGUUAUAUUUUUUUAUAAAAAUUACACAUUUUUCCUACCUGAA